GUAAAAGAAGUGUUUAUGUCUGUCUUGCAGUUUCUGUUCCUGUCCGAGGUUUGCAGUGGAGAGCUCAGACCACACAGGACCCCGUCCUCUCCAAACCCUGCUCAGCUCUCUGGGGGCAGUGUCCAGCUCUCUCACCUGUCUGCAGCUGCAUAGGAGGGCGGAGUGAGUGGCAGCUCUGCUGAUGGAGAGAGGCGGUCUGCAGGCAGGAGAUCACGUCGCUCUGGUGUUCCCGCCUGGUAUAGACCUGAGCGCAGCCUUUUAUGGCUGCCUGUACGCCGGCUGCGUUCCCAUCACAGUGCGACCGCCUCACCCUCAGAACAUCUCCACAACCCUGCCCACUGUUAAGAUGAUUGUCGAGGUGAGUCACUCGGCGUGUGUGAUGACCACCGCCGUCAUCUGUAAGCUGCUGCGCUCCAAAGAAGCCAUGGCCACGAUUAGCAUCAGGAACUGGCCCCCAGUCCUGGACAGCGGCUUUGCAGCGUCAGCAGAGAGUGAGCGGGACGUCGGCUGGGGUCGAGUGUGUGUUUUCCUGAAGAGACUCGGGAAGAAAGCCGACAGCAGGAGCCUCAGUUUGGCUCACUGUGAUCCGAAGGCUACAGACCUGCUGGAGCUUGAGUCUCGGAGGUGUGCUGCAGGUGGUUCACUCCGUUGCCUCCCCUCUGUGGGAGAGCUGGACCUGUCCUGUAACAAACUUCUAGCUGGUGGACUGAGUCGCCUCACCUUUCACCUGGCUCACGUCACACACCUGGAGAGACUCGACCUCCACCUGUGUUGCCUCACGCGAGAUGAUCUAGAGGCUCUGAUCCAGGUGCUGCCCUCUCUCACUGCACUGACAGAGCUUGAUGUUUCAUCCAAUAAGGAAGUGGGAGGUGUGGUCCACCCGCUGGUCUCCGCCCUCCCUGUGACACAAAUGAGGCGGCUGCCAUUCAACAGCUGCUACCUGAGCAACGAGUCCUUCACUGCUCUGGCUGCCGUGUGCAGACGGGGCUGUCUCUCCUCACUCCGUGCACUAGAUCUGUCCUACAACAGCUUGGUGGGAGACAACGGUUGGUGCAGUCUGUUUGCAGCAGGAGGUCUGGGCUCUCUGGAAGACGUGGAUGUCAGUUUGCGACCUUGAACCUCUGCUCCGUGCUCAGCCUGGCUGCCCUCUCUGCUCCAAGCUCUGCCUCAAAUGCCGGCGCUGGCUCGACUGGCCAUGCAGAGGUGGACAGCUGACUGUCAGGAGAGAGAGCAGCUGAGGUACUGUCUAAAGAAGAGGAGCGUCCUGCUGGAAUGGGAUCCAGAUUUACAAGACACAUCAUCAGCAUGUAAAGGGAACAGUCAGGAGAGCCUAGAAGAGAGUCAGCCUGAGGAGUAGGGAGCAGAAAGCCUGAGUUAUCUGAUCUCAAAUUAAAAAUCAUCACAGAGAGAUUUCAAAAGAGCAUUAGGGAAGAAAAACGCAAUCAGGUCUGAAAAACCUUCUGAUUACAAGUAAAUUUGUCCAAACAUUUGUACACUGUGACCAGCUGGGACAGGUCCUCUGGGACUGACCUUGAGUUUUACAAUGUUGAAUUCUUUGUUAGGUGUUUACAGUAUCGUUUAAUACUCUUUUGUUCUUGAGCAUGUUUGGAGUCUUUAUUCCGUGGGGUUUAUCCCUGUGUCUGUUUCCCUGUUGAGUUCGAUAUUCACACCGGAUGUGUCCCAUUUUAUUUUGGCGGUCAACUGUCAGAAACAUUUCAUGUUUAGUUUUUCGUCCCUCUCCUCUCUCAUUGUCAUUGAUCAUCUUCACCUGUUUUGUUGGCUUUCUGUGUUUAAAUGGUGGUGUCUUCUGUUUAUGAAGGACAAUGGAAUUAAUUUGCUUUUUAAUCUCAUGAACUUUAUCAUUCUGCACUUGGCUCCUCAUUUCAUGGACUUUGUAAUUCUGCAGUCAGACAACAGCCUAAAUAAAGAUUCACCUUUGUUACAUCU